AUGUGUGACCAGACUUGUGCCAUAAGUCAGCUGUUUGCAAGACCGCCAUUUGAAAUUCAAGAAAUACGACGCAGUUUGGCGCCCAGUCAACGGGGCCCCCAGCGUCCCGAGUCGCGGCACUCCUUCACGCCGCCGCUGCUGAAGAAGAACAAAAGGACAUGCCAGCAGGAACUGGAGCGGGAGCAGGAGCUGGACAGGAAGCGCCAGAGCGCCCUGCGCGAUGACACCAAUACCGUAGAGCUCCCACUGCCCAUUCGCAUGGCGAACAGCGAGUACGAGCGGGCCAUUGCCAAGGUGCUGGCCCGGAAGUUCAAGGUGCCCAUGGACAACUACAUACCGGAUUACGGGGGCAAACGAGUCCUGGGCGUUCGGCGCUGCGUCACCCGGCGACCCCUGCACGAUCCACUGGCCUGCAACGCCCUGGUGCUCUACCAUCCGCCGGAAUACACGGAGCACGAGCGCAUGGCCAUGGAUCCCAGCCAGAUUCUGGUCCACGUAGUGGUGGAUCCGCUGCUCAGCAACAUCCUGCGGCCCCAUCAGCGUGAGGGAGUGCGCUUCAUGUACGAGUGCGUGGAGGGAAAGCGGGGCAACUUCAAUGGCUGCAUCAUGGCCGAUGAAAUGGGCCUGGGCAAGACGCUGCAGUGCGUCACCCUGGUGUGGACACUACUGCGGCAGAGCGCCGACUGCAAACCGACGAUCAACAAGGCCAUUGUCGUGUCGCCGUCGUCGCUGGUGAAGAACUGGGAGAAGGAGUUCACCAAGUGGCUGCAGGGAAGGCUCCUCUGCCUGCCCAUGGAGGGAGGCAACAAGGAGAACACCAUUCGAGCCCUUGAGCAAUUCUCCAUGACCUCAUCCCGGCUGGGAACGCCCGUCUUACUCAUCAGCUACGAGACAUUCCGCAUCUAUGCGGAUAUUCUAUGCAAAUACGAGGUGGGAAUGGUGAUAUGCGACGAGGGGCAUCGCCUCAAGAACAGCGACAAUCUCACAUAUCAGGCUUUGAUGGGUCUGAAGACCAAGAGGAGGGUCCUGCUCUCUGGAACGCCCAUCCAGAAUGACCUGACGGAGUAUUAUAGCCUGGUGAACUUUGUCAAUCCCGAGAUGCUAGGAUCGGCGGCCGUUUUUAAGAGGAACUUCGAGAGCAGCAUUCUGCGGGGCCAGAAUGCAGACUCCACGGAGGGGGAACGCAAAAGGGCCAUUGAGAAGACGCAGGAGCUGAUUGGACUGGUCGAUCAGUGCAUCAUCCGUCGCACUAAUCAGAUCCUAACCAAAUACCUGCCUGUUAAGUUCGAGAUGGUGAUCUGUGCGAAACUUACGCCGAUUCAGCUGGAGCUUUAUACUAAUUUCUUGAAAUCCGAUCAAGUGCGACGUAGUUUAGCAGACUGCAAUGAGAAGGCCUCGCUGACGGCACUGGCGGACAUCACAACCCUGAAGAAGAUUUGUAGCCAUCCGGAUCUCAUUUAUGACAAGCUCAUUGCGCGGGAAAAGGGAUUCGAGAACUCGCAGAACGUGCUGCCUAGCAAUUACAAGCCAAAGGAUCUCAAUCCAGAGCUUAGUGGAAAGUUUAUGCUCUUAGACUUCAUGCUGGCCGCCAUACGGGCCGAUGGCAAUGACAAGGUGGUGCUCAUCUCGAACUACACACAGACCCUGGACUUGUUCGAGCAGCUAGCCAGGAAGCGAAAGUAUGGGUUUGUUCGCCUCGAUGGCACCAUGUCCAUCAAGAAGCGCUCGAAGGUGGUUGACCGGUUCAACGACCCGGAGUCCGACAGUUUCCUGUUCAUGCUGAGCAGCAAGGCCGGCGGUUGCGGCUUGAAUUUGAUCGGAGCCAAUCGCCUGUUCAUGUUUGAUCCGGACUGGAAUCCGGCCAACGAUGAGCAGGCAAUGGCCAGAGUGUGGCGAGAUGGACAGAAGAAGCCGUGUUACAUUUAUCGCCUGGUAGCCAGCGGUUCUAUUGAGGAAAAGAUCCUGCAGCGGCAGACGCACAAAAAGUCCUUGUCCAGCACAAUUAUUGACAACAACGAGUCGGCCGAGAAGCAUUUUACUCGCGACGACCUCAAGGAUUUGUUCACAUUUGAUGCUAAUAUUCUAUCCGAUACGCACGACAAACUCAAGUGCAAGCGCUGCGUGCAAAAUAUCCAAACGAAGCCACCGCCCGAUGACACGGACUGCACCUCGCAUUUGUCCCAGUGGUAUCAUUGCUCCAACAAUCGAGGCCUGCCCGACAGUAUUCUCGCCCAGUCGUGGACGGACAGCAAAUGCGUGUCCUUUGUCUUUCACCACCGGUCGCAGGCUCAAGAGAUUGUGGCGAAGGCAGAGGAGGAACCGUUGGAGGAGGAAAAACCCAUCAGUCGCAAGCGUUUAUCAACUCCCCUCAGUGACGAUAGUGCCGACGAGGAUUUCGUUGGAUUCUAGGCAAUGGUUUGCAGUUUAUUGUUUAUCAACUGGCCGAUUUUCGUUUACUUAAGUCUAAGCUUAAGAUAGUUUUUUCUGGCUUCCCUCGCAAUCUUAACAAUUAAAUAGUUUAACAUUUCAAAAAUGGAACCAGCACAAAAUGUCAACGUGCUAGGGAUAAAAGCUCUGGCAAACUAGGAAUCAGUCCAGAUUUCGAGUUUAUUUCUUUUGAAAUACUGAUUAAUUUCUAUAGUCUAAAAUGGUCGCCAAUUGUACGAAAUUAUAGGUU